CUCGAUUCACGAAUCCAGGAAUCGAUUCUUUUAGAGAUCGAAUCGCAGCCCUAGAAAGUUAAACGUCAGUCUGCGCUGAGGGAAUAGGAGGAGGUGUUAUCCCAAUCCAGCCUCCAGGGCCACUCUGAAACAUGUACUCGCAACAGAUGUGCCCCAUACUUAACUGAGGUCUCCAAGACUUCAGAGAGACCCUAUAAGGCCGAAGCCCUGCCUGAGCCGCCACACGAUGAUCAGAAGCUCGAAGGAGGACAUUGCCAUGGAGGUGGCAGCAGAAUGUGAGCAGCCAUCUGAAGACUCAGAGACAGCAGCCUUAAACAUUCAAGCCCCAGGUCCCACUGUGAGCUUCUACAACCUCCGCUACUGCGUUAAAGAGCGUGCUGGAAUGUUCAGCAUGACGUGGGUGGAGAAGGAGAUCCUAAAAGAUGUCAGUGGUAUUAUGAAAUCUGGGAUGAAUGCCGUCAUGGGCCCCACUGGCAGUGGAAAAACAUCGUUUGUGUGCAGUUUCACAGACGAGUCGUCUGCUGCCCCUACAGCUUAUUGUACCCCACCAGGCAGUCUGUGCCAGAGACGCCUCUGUGUACUUCUAGAUGUAAUUGCGGGAAGGAAAGAUCCUCAAGGCUUGAAAUCAGGGCAGGUUCUGGUGGACGGUGCGGUUGUGACCUCUAGCCUCAGACUCUCCUCUGCUUAUGUGGUUCAGAAUGAUGUCCUGAUGGGUACUCUCACUGUUAGGGAAAACCUUACUUUUUCCGCUAAUCUCCAGCUCUCACCAGCAGACCACAGCUUCUCAGACAAAGCCAUGAAGGUUGAAUCAGUCAUUCAGGAACUAGGCUUGAAAGACUGCGCUGACACCAAAAUAGGCACAAUGUUUUUGCGAGGUGUAUCUGGUGGGGAGAAAAAAAGGUGCAGUAUUGGCAUGGAGCUCAUCACCUCCCCCUCUCUCCUCUUCCUGGAUGAGCCCACCACAGGCCUGGACUCCAACACUGCUCAUAUGAUCAUCACGCUGCUGCAUAAGCUUUCCAGGAACGGGAGAACUAUCAUCUUCUCAAUUCACCAGCCUCGCUACUCCAUCUUCCAACAAUUCGACCACCUCACGCUCCUUAACAAGGGAGAGAUCAUCUACGCAGGCUCAGCAGACAAAGCCAUAAGCUAUUUUGAAGGACUAGGUUACAAAUGUGAUCCAUUCAAUAACCCAGCAGAUUUCUUCCUUGACAUCACCAAUGGAACCUUGCUUCCUCAAGCUGAUUCUGCCAAAUCAGAGAAUAUGAAUGGUGGUGAGCUGGUGGUCAGUGAGAAUCCUCUGGCUGUAAAGUACAGACAGUCUCAGCUGGGCUGCAGCGUUACUGAGCAGCUCCAGGAACUGACAGAGGGACUGAAGUCUGAGAGCAGACCGGCCAGUGACAAAGCCCAAUAUGCUACACCCUUCUAUUACCAGCUCAUGCUGGUGAGCUCCCGCACAGUCAAGAACAUCUUGCGGAACCCUCAGACCUCCUAUGCGCAGGUGUUCCUCAACAUUUUCUUCGGUGUUCUGGUGGGGCUGAUCUACUAUCAGAUUCCCAACUCACUACCAGAGGCUCUACAAAACAGGACUGGAGCAUUCUUCUUCCUGGUCAUCAACAUGGUCUUUGGUAACCUUUCUGCAGUGGAGCUCUUCAUCAGUGAGAGAGUGCUCUUCAUCCACGAGAAUUCGAGUGGCUACUAUCGCACGUCUGUGUACUUCCUGUCCAAAGUGUUUGCUGACCUCAUUCCAAACCGCAUCCUCCCAGUUUUCAUCUUCUCUGCCAUCCCCUACUUCAUGAUGGCGCUAAAGCCUGAAGUGGAAGCAUUUUUCCUGUACUGUGUGACUAUGAGUAUGGUCAGUUUGUCAGCGGUCAGCCUGGCUUUUCUUGUCAGUGCGAGUGUGGGCUCGUUCGCCAUGGCUAACAUUUUCAUUGCCCUGCCCUUUGUCUUUAUGAUGGUGUUUGGAGGAUUCCUGGUGAACCUGAACUCAAUGCUCAGCGGUAUGUCUUGGCUGAAGUGGAUCAGUAUAUUCCGCUAUGGCUUUAAUGCCCUGGCCAUCAAUGAGCUGAAAGGUCUAGUGUUCACCAGCAACUACACCACAAUGACCGGUGAAAUGUAUCUGGACCAUCAGGAGAUUGACUACAGCACUUGGGGCUUCUGGCAGAACCAGGUGGCUCUGGGCGGUAUCAUGUGCAUAUGUUUGGUGUUGGCCUAUGUGCAGCUCCGACGAAUCAACCGCUGGAAGUGAAGGUAGACUGUGCUGACCACACACGUGCGUGCUGUGUCCCAAUUCAGGGUCUGCAUCCUUCAAAGGACGCGGUCUGCUCUACGGCGAAUUUCCUGUUUGCAUCACAGCACUACUGUUCCCGCCCUUAUCGUUGCAUCACAAAACACUGCUCCUGUCAAGUUUUUUCCUCAACUCUGUCCAUAUGUGACACCGCAGCCUUACAACCUACAAUAGGUAUGAAUGGACACUCAAAGCUGGUUGUUGCAGCUAAAAAUACACGGUUUUAUUUCUGUGAUUUAAUGCACCCACUUUACACUUUUAAAGGACUUUUAUAUUAUUUAUAUUAUUUUAUAUAAGAAUCAUAUGAGGCCUUAUAUAUAAUAUUUUCAAUACAUUUUAUCAUUUUUCUUGUUUUACAGUUGUUUUCCAUGACUGGAAAACUACACACUUAAAAAAGGUUUUUCAAGGGUUCUUUGGUACAGAAAAUAAUUUUAUAUAGAACCAUGAACACUCAGGAACACUUUUGAUUAAA